UCAAAAAAUGGCAAAAAUUCUUUUAACUUUGUUUGCUCUUACUCUAAUGUUAGGCCAAACAAAUGGAGUUGUUCAGUGUGAGAAAGAUGUUAUACCCUUGGUAAAACCUUGUUCAGGUUUUGCACUAGGUAAAGAUGCAAAACCUAGUCAAAACUGUUGUGUUGGAUUGCAAAGUUUGGCUAAAAUAGCUGCUGCCUCAGAAUCAGACCGCAAAACUCUUUGCAUUUGCAUCAGUCAUCUAGAGAGAUCUGGCUCUGUGAACAUUGUGAACUAUGCAAAAGCUGUAAAACUUCCUGAUCUAUGUCACUUCAUUACCUUUAUCCCAAUUGAACCUAAUCCUGAUUGCUACAACUAGAAACAAAACCAUCCAAAGGUAGAAGAGAUGUAACUUCUAAUAAAAAUAAUACACUUUUAAUUAAAUUUGUCAUCUCUCUUUUAAUUAAACUAGUUUUAGUGUAUACG